AUGUUCAGUGGAUGGGUAUUGAGUACAUGUGCAAUGGUUACGACAUUAAUUCUUAUGAAUGAAUUUAAUGAUAAAACUUUAUCAGCAGUAGCACGUUAUUCACGUAUGAAAAUGAUGCAUCGAAUACUUACAAUGCGAAAUGCAAUUUUUCCAAUAUUAAGUCCACGACCCAAAGGAAUGAGUGCUGGCUCAAAAGCAUUAGAUGAAAUUAUAGACUUGUAUCAUCCACGACUAUUUAUAAGUGAGAAUGUUACAGAUGACGAUAUUACUAAGCUUCGUGAUAAUUCAAAACAAAUGUUAACUAGUUUACAUCCAGCUCGAACACCAUCUUGUAUAGUUCGAAAUUCUCGAUUUGACUAUGGUGAUAAGUAUGUAUAUGUUAAUUAUAUACAACAUAAUCAAGUAGAUGAUUGGAAAACUUCUCAUAAACCAUUCGUUUUAUAUUUUCAUGGUGGUGGAUUUGUUUUUGGUGGUAUUGAAACAUAUUCUGGUUUGGAAUGUCAUUUAUCAAAAGAACUUAAUAUGUUAAUAAUUCAUGUAGAAUUUUUUCUUUCACCAGAAAAUUCUCAUGCAGAUACUCUCUUAGAUGUUAUUGGAGUUUAUGAAACUUUACUUGCAGCUGAUCCGAAUAUUAAUGAACGAUUAAUUGGAAUGGGUGAUUCAUCAGGUGGUAUGUUAUGGAUUCAUCUAUUACAAUGGAUUGCAACAAAUAAUAAACCUGUUCCAAAAGGUGUUGUUUUACAUUCGCCAUGGCCUAGUCUUUCAUUUGAUAAUAUUGGUUUUCACAUAGAGUCAAAUAAUUAUUUAGCAUUGGAUCUUGCAUUUAAUUUAAGGGAACUAGCAAUUGGUAAAAAUACGGAUUGGCAUAAAUUAACUGAUGUAGAAAAACGAAGAUUAAGUCCAAAAGAAGAUUCAUAUGAAGGAUUUCCACCUCUUUAUAUAACAGCUGGUACAAAUGAAAUAUUCAUAAAAUCAAUUCGUAAAAUGGUUACUAAUGCAAGAAAAGUUGAUGUAAGCGUUACAUAUGAUGAAGCUGAAGGUUCAAUGCAUACAUUUGCUUUAUUUCAUUUAUGGGCGUCAGAAGCUGAAUGUGUUCAAAAAAAAAUCGCUCAAUGGAUUCAACAUCGAUUAUUAUUUUGA